AUAACACUACAAAUUACUUUAUCUCUCCUAAUUCAAGACUACUUUAAAAGCAAUAUGGUGCGGUUGUCUCCAGCUCUCUUGCGUGUGCCGGUAAUAAAGUUCCGUAAAGGAGGUUUGGGACUCUCGGGAGCGCGAGCUGCACCCGCGGCGGCCGCUGCACCUGCGCCUGCAGGAACUCCUGCACCUUCUGCGUCUUGCGCCUUCAGGCCGGCAGCAGCACCACAAAUGAGUACCAGUGCUAUUCCUGACAUUGACCUUCCGGCACGCUACAGAAGAAAACCCCUCUCUCAGGAAGAGAUUGACCAGAUCAACGGAGGAGGCAUUGCUGAUCCACCAAAGCUGGAGGGGAAAAAAUGAGCUAAACAAAUGACAUCUAUCAUUGUGUAAGUACAAUUAGUACAGUCACCUCUAACAGCUGCAACCGUACGAAUAAUACUAUGAUCUAUGAAGCAUUGCCUAUACCUCGUUUUUUUAGAAUUAGAAAAGAUGUAAACAAUCUUGACAUGUCUUUUUAUUAAAAAAUCGCUUUUAAACAAUAGUAACUAAUACUUGUGAAACCAAAAGAAUGUAAAUAAAUGUCCUUGCUAUAUAAUUGUUACAUAUUUGCUUUGAUUUAAUUUUUAGACACAUUGUGUUUACCUUUUUUCUAAUGCUACAAAAACGAGGUAAGUACAGCUCCUUUUUAUUCUAUGCAAAUUUGAGCAGAGUGGGGUGCGUCUCUAUGGAUUGUACUAACUUGAUUUUACCAUACAAAACACAAGCACAAAAAUACAUAUGUGACGUCCCACGGGUAAAGGCGAAUAUUAUUGCGGCGCUAUGCGACGUAAGCGCCAGCCGCCAUAAGGUACCUAUUGCCGUGCAACGUCACAUAUAUACAGUCAGCUGCAGAGGCACCUCCCCUGCAAACAAAUUUCUAUGCCAUGGGGGUUCCCUGUCUCUGCAGCUGACCAUACACAGGGACAUACUUAUAUCUCUGCAAAUAAGAAACUAGGCAAGUUAUUUUUGCGAGCAUCGUUGUAGGUGACUGUACAUAAGUACAUAUAAAUGUUUGGUCAUGCACAACUUUAUUCACUUCAUUCAAAUAGUUAAUUCACCCCAGCUGUGGUGUGUUGGACCUGUAUGUGGUAUAAAUAGUUUAAAAUACCUCAAUUAUUUCAGAAAGGGAAAUACCGCACAAAACAUUAUUUGAAAACGAAAAAGGAAGGACCUUUACCAUUGGCGACUUUUAAAAUACCUCGCGGUGUCCUGGUUCAACCGGGCAAGAAAAAAAAGCUAGUAUCCCUAAGUGUAACUAUUGGAAAGCAAAGGGAAAAGAAAUAAUUCAAAUUGAACAUAAUCAUUUUAUUGAAAAAAUAUAAAAUAGUAUUUAUUACUGAGAA